AUGAAGCCAGCAGGACAGAAGGAUGAGCCAUUCAGUGCAAAAGAGAGGAGGCCAAUGAAAUGUCCCACUCAGGAGAAUCCCUAUCUGUUUACCUACAGAAACAGCAACUACCUGCCUAGCUCAUCAAAAACCCAAAAGAUGCCUGAGGUGAGAGAAGGAACGGAAGUCAACUGUCCUGACAAGGAUCCGUCUGACUCGAUUCCCACCUCAGUUCAUAGGUUGAGGCCGGCUGACAUCAAGGUAAUUGGAGCCAUGGGUGACUCUCUUACGGCAGGUAAUGGAGCCGGGUCCGAGCCUUGGAACCUCUUGGAUGUCCUUACUGAGUACCGAGGCCUGUCCUGGAGUGUCGGCGGAGAUCAGAACAUAAGCACAGUCACUACCUUGGCAAACAUCCUCCGGGAGUUCAACCCUUCCCUGACGGGCUUCUCUGUUGGCACUGGGAAAGAAAGCAGUGCAGGAGCCUUCCUCAACCAGGCUGUGGCAGGAGACCGAGCUGAGCAUUUAUCCACCCAGGCGAGGAAGCUGGUGGACCUGAUGAAGAAUGACUCGAGGAUAAAUUUUCAGGAAGAUUGGAAGAUAAUAACCCUGUUUAUAGGCUGCAAUGACCUCUGUGGUUUCUGCGAUGACCCGGUUCGCUAUUCUCCCCAGAACUUCACCGGCAACAUUGGGAAGGCCCUGGACAUCCUCCACGCUGAGGUUCCUCGGGCUUUUGUGAACCUGGUGUUGGUGCUAGAGAUCAUUGGCCUGAGGGAGCUGUUCCAGGAGGAGAAAGUCAGCUGCCCAAGACUGAUCCUCAGGUCUCUGUGCCCCUGUGUCCUGAAGUUUGAUGACAACUCAACAGAACUUGCCAGCCUCAUCGAAAUGAAUAAAAAGUAUCAGGAGGGAACCUACCAACUGGUUGAGAGUGGGAGAUACGACACCAGGGAAGAUUUUACAGUGGUUGUGCAGCCAUUCUUUGAAAAAGUGGACAUACCAAAGACCCUGGAGGGGUUGCCUGACAGCUCUUUCUUCGCUCCUGACUGCUUCCAUUUCAGCAGCAAGUCUCACGCCCGUGCAGCCAGUGCCCUGUGGCACAACAUGCUGGAACCCGUUGGCCAGAAGACAACAGAGCAUAAUUUUGAAAACAACAUCCAUAUCACAUGUCCAGACCAGGUCUGGCCGUUUCUGAGCACAUACAAGAAUGUACAGGGUCAUGGAAGCUGGCUUCUGUGCAGGGACAGAGCUCCUUCUGCCUCACCCCCCACCUCAGUACAUGCCCUGAGACCCGCAGAUAUUCAAGUUGUGGCUGCUCUGGGGGAUUCUCUGACUGCUGGCAAUGGAAUUGGCUCCAAACCAGAAGACCUUCCUGAUGUCGCCACACAGUAUCGGGGACUGUCGUAUAGUUCAGGAGGGGACGGCUCCCUGAAGAAUGUGACCACGUUACCUAAUAUCUUUCGGGAGUUUAACGGAAAUCUCACAGGCUAUGCGGUGGGCACAGGGAGUGCCAAUGACACAAAUGCAUUCCUCAAUCAGGCUGUUCCUGGAGCAAAGGCUGAGGAACUUGUACACCAAGUCCAGACUCUGGUGCAGAGGAUGAAAACGGACCAAAGAGUAAAUUUCCAUGAAGACUGGAAGGUCAUCACAGUGCUGAUUGGUGGCAGUGAUCUCUGUGACUACUGCACGGAUUCGAAUCUGUAUUCAGCAGCCAACUUUUUUGACCAUCUCCGCAAUGCCUUGGACAUCUUACAUAGAGAGGUGCCCAGGGCCCUGGUCAACCUCGUGGACUUCAUGAGCCCCAGUGUCAUACGGCAGGUGUUCCUGGGAAACCCAGACAAGUGCCCAGUGCAGCAGGCCAGUGUUCUGUGUAACUGUGUCCUGAGCCCGCGAGAGAACUCCCAAGAGCUGGCCAGGUUGGAGGUCGUCGCCCAAGCUUACCAGAACAGCAUGCGUGAGCUGGUCGAGUCGGGCCGUUAUGACACACGGGAGGACUUCUCCGUGGUUCUACAGCCCUUCUUCUACAACAUCUGGCUCCCAGUCCUGGAGGAUGGGCGCCCGGAUACAUCCUUCUUCGCCCCAGACUGCAUCCACCCAAAUCAGAAAUUCCACUCCCAGCUCUCCAGGGCCCUUUGGGUCAAUAUGCUUCAGCCACUAGGAAGGAAAACAAACACCCUGGAUCUGGCAGCAGCCAUACCCCUCUCCUGCCCCACUCAGAAUGAUCCUUUCCUGAGAACCUACCGGAACAGCAACUACACGUACCCUGCCAAGCCGGCCAUUGAGAACUGGGGCAGUGACUUCCUGUGCAUGGAUUGGAGCCCUUCCAACAGUGUUCCUACCUCGGUUCACAAGCUCCAACCAGCAGACAUCAAAGUGGUAGCUGCCUUGGGUGACUCGCUAACUACAGCUGUGGGAGCCCAACCAAGCAACUCCAGUGACCUACUCACACGCUGGAGGGGACUCUCCUGGAGCAUUGGAGGGGAUGGGGUAUUGGAGAUCCACACCACACUGCCCAACAUCCUGAAGAAGUUCAACCCUCACAUCCUUGGGUUCUCUACUGGUACCCAGGAGGAGACAAUGGGGCUGAAUGCAGCAGUGGAUGGGGCCAGAGCUCGAGACAUGCCAGCCCAGGCCUGGGACCUGGUGGAGCGAAUGAAGAGGAGUCCAGAAAUGAACCUGGAGAAAGACUGGAAGUUGAUCACACUCUUCAUCGGGGUCAACGAUUUGUGUCAUUAUUGUGAAAAUCCGGAGGCCCACUCAGCUGAGGAGUAUGUUCGGCACCUACAACAAACCCUGGACAUCCUCUAUGAAGAGCUUCCAAGAGCUUUCAUCAAUGUGGUGGAGGUCAUGGAGCUGGCCGUCCUGCACCAGGGCCAGAACGGGAAAUGUGCCAUGCCACUGGCAGCUCAGAGCAACUGCACUUGCCUCAGACGCUCCCAGGAGGACUCCCCAGAGAUGCAGAAACUGAAGCAAGUGAACUGGAACUUCCAGAGUGGUGUCUCCAAGUUCUCCUACUGGCACCAGUACAUGCAGCGGGAGGACUUUGCAGUUGUCGUGCAGCCCUUCUUCCAAAACACUCUUGUCCCACUGAAUGAUAGAGGGGACGCUGAUCUCACCUUCUUUGCGGAGGACUGUUUCCACUUCUCAGAACGUGGUCAUGCCGAGAUGGCCAUCGCACUCUGGAAUAACAUGCUGGAACCAGUGGGCCAUAAGACAACCUCCAACAACUUCACCUACAGCCGAACCAAGCUCAAGUGCCCCUCUCCUGAGCACCCCUACUUCUACACCCUGAGGAAUAGUCAGCUACUUCCAGACCAGGCUGAAGAACCCUCCAACGUGCUCAGCUGGGCCGUGCCAGUGGCAGCAGGACUCGGCCUUGUGGUUGGAGUCGGUGUGGUGAUGGUGUGGAAAGCCAUGAGAGGUCCCUACAGGAAAGGGCCUCCAAUGAGCCUGACCACUGCGAGCUUCUAGGCAGGCAGGUUCUCGUCCUAAAUUCCCCAGCCAUACUCCUCACCAGCCCUGCUAACUCGGCCACCCCUGGCCACCAUGGAGAUCACUGCCUUCAACACCUGCUGACCAUGGGAAGUCGAGGGGGAUAGACAUGGCUCACUGGGGCCUGGGAACUAUACUCCUGAAAUUGGCAAAUCUAAGUAAAGGCCAAAAGCUGUUCUAUUCUUGGUUUACCCUGCUUGAAGCACUUGCUUUCUCUCUGUUGUGCAGCUCAGGUAUGGGAUCUGGGUACCUUUCAUGCCCUGUCUCAGCCAGUGCUGCCUGAGUGAUGGCAAGCCAGAGAAGGGACUGUACCCAUCAGGCUCCUUCUAAGCAGCAUAACAAGCACAUCCUCAGUUACCAAACAAACUAUUUCAAAGGUAGGAAAAGCGCUGGUCACCAGGUGGUGACUGAAUUUCAGAGAUGGCUGGUCAUCUUUCAAUUUCAUCCAAAAAAUACUUGUCAAGCACCUGUUUCAUACCCAGGAUAAUGAAGGGCAUAGUGCUACCUCAAAGGCGGUGUCUAUCGUGACCUGGCUGGGAAGACAAAUACCUGUAAAACAUGAAGAGCUUCAUGACAAUUUAUAAUUAAGCACCAGGACUUUGGUAGUAAAUGUGUCUGAUAGCUUUAGAGAAUAGGACAGGUUCUUGAGAAAAGUUUCCUGGAAGAAAGCAAUUUCGAAACAACAUUUUAAAAAAACGAAAGGGUUGCUCAUGAACGCCUCACAUAUCCUCCACCUGAUUUUUCCAAGAUGCUAACCUGAGGAAAGAAUUCCUAUUUCUACAUUCCUAGAUUUCUGAGAGAAAGCUAGAGAGUCUGAUGUCAUAAUACAGGCUGCCAUUCAUUUAGCACCUAUUAGAGGCAAGGCUCUGAGCUGGAUGCCUUAUGCAGGUUAGCUCUUUUUAUUCCUCUCAAAAACUGAGGGAGGAAGGCAUUAUCAUCUGUGUUGUAAGUGAAUCUCUAAUCCCCAAGCCCGUGGUGAGUGUCAAAGAAUCUGAGUUAGAACCCCAGAUGUUGUUGUGUACCAUCAAAUCAGUUCUGACUUAUAGCUACCCUACAAGAAAGAGUAGAACUGCUUCAUAGGGUUUCCUAGGCUGUAAUCUUUACAGGAGCAUGUGCUAAGUCCCUUACCCCAUGGAGUGGCUGGUGGGUUCAAACUGCCAAUCUUUGGGUUAGCUGUUAAGCCAUUGUGCCAGAAUCCCAGAUAGACCAUUUAAAUUGUGUGACCUUUGAAUCUGCAAAAACCAAACCAAAAACAACAGAAAGAAACAAUGCCCGGUCCUGUGUCAUCCUCACAAUCUUUGCUAUGCUUGAGCCCAUUGUUGCAGCCACUGUGUCAAUCCAUCUUGUUGAGGGUCUUCCUCUUUUUCACUGACUCUCUGCUUUACCAAGCAUGAUGUCCUCCUCCAGGGACUGGUCCCUUCUGAUAACAUGUCCAAAGUACAUGAGACAAAAUCUCACCAUCCUUGCUUCUAAGGAGUAUUCUGGCUGUACUUCUUCCAAGACAGAUUUGUUCAUUCUUCAGAAGCUCCGUAGUAUAUUCAAUAUUCUUUGCCAACACCAUAAUUCAAAGACAUAAAUUCUUCUUUGGUCUUCCUUACUCAUUGCCAGCUUUCUCACGCAUAUGAGGCAAUUGAAAAUACCUUGGAUUGGCUCAGGUGUACUUUAGUUCUCAAAGUGACAUCUUUGCUUUUCAACACUUUAAAGAGGUCUUAUGCAGCAGAUUUGCCCAAUGCAAAACAUCAUGUGAUUUCUUGAAUGCUGCUUCCCUAGGCAUUGACUGUGGAUCCAAGUAAAAUGAAAUCCUUGACAACUUGAACCUUUUCUCCGUUUAUCAUGAUGUUGCUUGUUGGUCCAGUUGUGAGGAUUUUUGUUUUCUCUGUGUUGAUGUGUAAGCCAUACUGAAGUCUGUAGUCUUUGAUCUUCAUUAAUAAGUCCUUCAGGCAGUCUUUGCUUUCAGCAAGCAAGGUUGUAUAAUCUGCGUAUUGCAGGUUGUUAAUGAGUCUUCCUUCAAUGCUGAUGUCACGUUCUUCUUCAUGUAGUCCAGCUUCUCAGGUUAUUUUUUCAGUAUACAGAUUGAAUAAGUAUGGUGAAUAGAUACAACCCUGACACACACCUUUCCUGAUUUUAAACCAUGCAGCAUCCCCUCGUUCUGUUUGGAUGACUUGGUGUACUUAGUUUCCUCAUGAGCACAAUUAAGUGUUCUGGAAUUCCCAUUCUUUGCAAUGUUAUCCAUAGUUUGUUACGCUCCACACAGUCGAAUGCCUUUGCAUAAAACGCUGGUAUUCUCUGCUUCGCCGAAGUUCCUCUGACACAUCUUCUUCUGAAUCCGGCUUGAAUUUCUGGUAGUUCCCUGUCAAUGUACUGUUGCAACUGCUUUUGAAAUAUCUUCACAAAAUUUUAUUUGAGUGUGAUACUAAUAAUAUUGUUCGAUAGUUUCCGCAUUGUAUUGGUUCACCUUUCUUUGGAAUGGGCACAAAUAUGAAUCUCUUCCAGUCUGUUGGCCAGGUAGCUGUCGUCCAAAUUUCUUGGCACAGACAAGUUAGCACCUCCAGCUUUGCAUCCAUUUGUUAAAACAUCUCAAUUGGUAUUCCAUGAAUUCCUGAAGCCUUGUUUUUUGCCAAUGCCGUUAGUGCAGCUUGGACUUCUUCCUUCAGUACCAUAGGUUCCUGAUCACAUGCUGCCUCCUGAAAUGGUUGAACAUCAACCAUUUUUUCUGGUACAGUGACUCUGUGUAUUCCUUCCAUCAUCUUAUGAUGCUUCAUCAUUCAAUAUCUUGCCUAUAGAAUCCUUCAAUAUUGCAACUUGAGGCUUGAAUUUUUUCUUCAGUUGUUUCUGCUGGAGAAAUGCAGAGCGUGUUCUUCCGUUUUGGUUUUCUAGCUCUAGCUCUUUGCACAGUUCAUUAUGAUACUUUGUCUUCUCGAGCCACCCUUCAAAAUCUUCUGUUCAGCUCUUUUACUUUCUCAUUUCUGCCAUUAGCUUUAGCUACUCUAUAUUCAAGAACAAGUUUAAGAGUCUCUUCUGAUAUCCAUUUUGGUCUUUUCUUUCUGUCUUGUCUUUUUUUAAUGACCUUUUGCUUUCUUCAUGUAUGAUGUUCUUGAUGUUAUUCUGUUUUCAAUCAUUAGUGUUCAGUGCGUCAAAUCUAUCCUUGAGAUGGUCUCCCAAUUCAGGUAUAUUUUGGUUCUCACAGACUUGUUUUAAUUUUCUUCAGCUUCAACUUAAACUUCCAUAUGAGCGAUUGAUAGUCUGUUCCAGUCAGCCCCUGGCCUUGUUCUGACUGAAGAUAUUGAGUUUUUCCAUCGUCUCUUUCCACAGAUGAAGUCGCUUUGAUUCCUAUGUUUUCCAUCUGGUUAGAUGCAUGUGUAUAAUCACCAUUUAUGUUGUUGAAAAAAAAGUAUCUGGAAGUCAGUGGUCUUGCAAAAUUCUGUCAUGUCAUCUCUGGCCUUGUAUCUAUUGCCAAAGCCAUAUUUUCCAACUACAGGUCCUUUUCCUUGGUUCCAAUUUUCACAUUCCAAACACCAGUGAUUAUCAAUGCAUCUUGAUUGCAUGUCUGAUCAAUUUCAGACUGCAGAAGUUGGUAAAAAUCUUCUGUUUCCUCAUAUUUGCUAUUAGUGAUUGGUACAUAAUUUGAAUAAUAAUCACAGUAACUGGUCUUCCUUGUAGGAGUAUGGAUACUAUCCUAAUUGCUGACAGUGGUGUACCUCAGGAUAGAUUUUGAAAUGUUCUUUUUGACAGUGAAAAAGAAAAUCAAGAUAAUAAUUAUCAUAAAAAUCAGGAUAGGUACCCUUGAGAGGAGGGGGUUGUGAUACAGGAGGGAUACAUGGAAGGCUUCUCUGAUAUUAAAAUUGUGAUUUCUUAACCUGGUUACCCAAGAUUUUGCUUGAUAACUAUUCUUGAAAUUAAAUGAAAUAUGUUUUAGGCUUUUUUUCUGUAUGUCUAUUUCAUCAUAUUUUUUAAGAUAAAAGAAUUAAGGAGGAAGGUGUUUUAUACAAGGCAUUUAUACCAGCUAAGUCAAAUUGCUUAUUUACUUAUUUAAAAAACUAUGAGGAAGUGCCCUGUCAGCUUCAGUGGCCAGUUGGAGGGGCUUCUUUUAGGCUCCAAGGCCUGAGGACAACACCCAGGAAAACCUCCACUUCACUAGAAAUAUGGCAAAGCUGUUCCCAAGAACCAUGGUAAAUUGCAUUACAAAGUCACUCUCAUGGAUUGAAUUGUGUCCCCCUAAAUGUGUUUUUUUUUUUUUUUUAAUUCUAACCUCUAUACCUGUGGGUACAAUCCCAGUUGGGAAUAGGGUUUUCUUUGUUAUGCUAAUGAGGCCAAUUAGCAUAGGGAGUGUCCUAAACCUAAUUCGUCCUGAAAAGAGAUUAGACAAAGAAGCAAGCACACAAACUGGGGAAGACAGAUACCCUGUGCAGAUCAUCUAUAAGCCAAGGAACUAAGAAACGCCCAUAGCUAGCAACAAGGAAGCAACCCAGGUGGCUGAGAUCCCUCUUUGGGCUUUCAGCCUCUAAAAUUGUGAGAAAAUAAAUUUCUGUUCUUUGA